AGAAAAGAACAGAUUUAGGCAAGGCCAAGAGUUUUAUUAGACAUUUUGUUCUUAAUUUUGAGGCAAGAUGCUACUAUUGUGGUUCUUCCUCAUUCUCGAGACGGCAUGCAGCACAACUGUACCUACAUCAAAGAUUCUGAUACGGCAUCCCGCGUAUGGUUCGUGUCUCAGGACUGCCGUAGGAGUUCAGUUCAGAUCCUACAGGACGGGUGGUGUGAAGUUCCUGCGAAAAGUUGUGAGCAAGACUGACUUCGAGUGCAUGGCUUCCGUUGCUGUCAAAUUCGGCACCACAGAUUUCUCUGAGUGUAGCAAGCUUGCAGCUUCUUCAGGCUGGAAUUCGUUUUUCUUCGACGACCAGAGCGAGUGUUGGGCCUCGUAUUUUUCGUUGGCAGAGGCUACGGAAGUUUGUACAGGAGAAGGCGUCGUAGUUUACUUCUCUAGCGUCAAGCUCUCGCACUUCACCGUGCCUUCACCUACCAUUACGGAGUUCAGCGUCACCGACUCCAUCCUAGGUAAAUCCUUCACCGUCAACUUCAGAGGUCCCUGUUCAGCAUACAUCAAGUAGACUCACGUAUGAAAGUACAGAUUUAGGACUUGUCUCUCCCGGUGACGUCAUUGAGUACAAUGUACCACCCUGUACACUCAUGAACUUCACCCUGACGCCCUCUUAUGAGGAGAUCCGAGGGGAACCCAUGACCGUGAGCUACACCUCGCCUAAUGCACUGAAGUUGAACAAUGCCACGGUUCUCUCGGUGACCGUGACGAACGGACUUGAGAUCCGCGUUGACAUGACGGACCCUUGCAACUUGGUUAGCGGCUUCGACGUGCAGACGUACGGCUCCUCUACAACGUCCAACAUCUUCCCCGCGUCUCCGCUCGAUUUCUUCGUCAAUUGUUCACAAGCCAACGACUUCAGCUCGUUCAAAAUUACUCUUUUGACCACCGUCCCUUACUCUCCGGUGCAAACCAUGACCAUAUCUAAUAUCAAUACGACAGCAGCGGAUGGCAUGACCAUCCUCCCGAACCCGGAGUCCGGAAAAUGUUGCAAGUUCAUCGACUCUCUCGUCUUGGUGGACGUGGCGAGGACCGCGUGCAGCGAUGUCGGCUUGCACUUAAUCGACUAUAGGUCAAAUUUACUGCUCUAUAAGGAUCUCAAGUUG